GAGAGAGAGGAAGCGAAAAAGAGAGGCUCCACACGGCAGAAUAUAAAUCUGUAUGUUAACAGGACUAAAGCUGGAGGUCUCGAAGCGGCUUUAGUGGUUCUGCUGGUGGGGGGUGACCAUACAGCAUCAAGAGGUGGUCUUCCCUAUUAACUGAGGAUCUGUGCAAAUAAGGAAGUGGAACCCGUGGGAGCUGUGAACGCCGGUUGUCAAGCACAGUGGUGGGCUGGUCGGAGGUCUCUGACCCCCUGAUUUUUAUUUCUGGAAGAAAAAAGAAGAGCCAAAAAAGACACGAGAGAAACAGGAAGGUGGCAGCGAGGGGACCAGUGAGCCAUUUCUCUCUUUAUUACUUCCAUUCACAAAACCAUUGCAUCCCAUUAUCACAGCGAUGUAGAGGCAUUCUCUCCGCUUAGAGGAGGAAGGGUCCCAUUGACUGCUGAGGCUUAGCACCUCUCUCCAAACGCUAGCCCUUUUCAUUGCAGUCCCCCCCCCCAUCUCUCGCCUCUAUCCUUACGUCUGCUAUUUUCUCUGUUCUCCUCUCUUUUCUUGUCCCUUGUAUUCUUGUCCCUUUUCACACCACUCAGGAAUCAGGAGGCAUUGCGUUUUGGUAGAAGUGGGUGUUUCUGGAGCUGUCAUUGUGUUUGGUGCCGCUACAAAGGACAGCUGAGCAGGGAGUGAGAGAGAGACGGCUUUGGAGAUAAUAAAACAGCAGCCUGAAAGAAAAGGGGGGACCUGGGACUACAGGAACAGCUGACAACCACUGGAAGGUGAAUUGGGAUGAAAAGAAAACUGUUACAGAGACUGACAACCAUUUUAAGGUAGCUAUUUGUUGAGACCAUUGCCACUUCUGGAGGGGAAUAAAGAAGCAGUGCAGCCAAACCAACACUGCCGGUUGGAUUCCCCUAUUGCUGUUGCUAAGCAAAGUCUUUAACCUGAAGUUCUUGGGCAGACAGUAUUGAGCAUCACUCUACAGCCAUGAAGGGGAGCUCAGAGGAAAGCAUUGAAAGCGUCAGGCCCUCCAACCUGCAAGCUUUUGCUAACAUAUCCACCCUACAUGGCAUGAGUCAUAUAUUCGCCUAUGGGCACAUGACAUUCCGUCGGUUUCUUUGGAGUCUUUCCUUCCUCGGUUCACUAAGCUUAUUGUUGCUGGUCUGCAUGGAUCGAGUGUCAUAUUACCUGGAGUACCCUCACGUCACCAAACUGGAUGAGGUGGCGGCGACGAACCUCACCUUCCCAGCUGUCACCUUCUGUAACCUCAAUGAGUUCCGCUUCUCCAAAAUCACCAGAAAUGACCUGUAUCAUGUGGGAGAGCUCCUGGCCCUCCUCAACAAUAACUAUCAAAUAGCCAACCCACACUUGGCUGAGCCCGAGGUUCUGGCUGCCCUAAAGGAUAAGGCAAACUUCCAGAACUUCAAGCCCAAACUGUUCAACAUGACUGAUUUCUAUAACCGCACAGGUCAUGACAUCCGUGACAUGUUACUGCAGUGCACCUUUCGAGGAGAGGAUUGCUACCCGGUCAACUUCACCACAAUUUACACACGCUAUGGAAAAUGCUACACAUUCAACUCCGGAUUAGACGGCAACCCUUUGUUGACCACGUUAAAAGGUGGAACGGGGAACGGCUUGGAGAUUAUGUUGGAUAUUCAACAGGAUGAAUACCUGCCUGUGUGGGGAGAGACAGAUGAGACGUCCUAUGAGGCCGGCAUAAAGGUACAGCUUCACUCUCAGUCAGAGCCUCCUUUCCUCCAUGAGCUGGGCUUCGGGGUCGCCCCCGGCUUCCAAACGUUCGUUUCCAGCCAAGAGCAGAGGCUUCAGUACCUCCCUCCGCCUUGGGGAGAUUGCAAGUCUACUCCCAUAGACUCUGAAUACUUCUCCACGUACAGCAUCACCGCCUGCCGUAUUGACUGUGAAACUCGGUACCUGCUGGAGAACUGCAACUGCAGGAUGGUUCACAUGCCUGGAACCUCAACAGUGUGCACACCUGAGCAGUACAAAGACUGUGCUGACCCAGCUUUAGACUUUUUGGUAGAGAAAGACAACGAUUACUGUGUCUGUCAGACCCCCUGCAACAUGACUCGCUAUGGCAAGGAGCUGUCCAUGGUUAAGAUCCCCAGUAAGGCAUCUGCUAAAUAUCUGGCUAAGAAAUUCAACAAAACUGAGCAGUAUAUCGGAGAAAAUAUAUUGGUCUUGGACAUCUUCUUUGAAGCUCUGAAUUAUGAGAAGAUUGAGCAGAAGAAGGCCUAUGAAAUUGCAGGGCUUCUCGGUGACAUUGGAGGUCAGAUGGGGCUGUUUAUCGGAGCCAGUGUCUUAACAAUACUGGAAAUAUUUGACUACCUUUAUGAGGUGUUUAAGGAUAAGGUUUUGGGCUACUUCAUACGCAAGAAACGACCACAGCGUUGUCAGAGCGACAAUCUGUCCAUUGUCACAUCUCCACUCAAACAACCCGGCACUGAAGAGUUUCCAGAGAACCCAACCAGCCCUGGUGUCACGCCUAAUCAUGCCCCCAGAGCACCUGUGACACCCUCCGGAGUCACUCGGACAGUCUCGGAUUCACGCCGAACAUGUUACCUCGUCACCCGACUCUAGGCAACUUUGAGGAGUUUGCUUGUUGACAACAUAAAGUAGGGGUUGGGGUGGGGUGGCACAUCUGGGGACUUGACAGCAAACUGUGAAAUAAUUUAUGUAUUUAACAGAAAAAUGGUUGAGUGUGUAACUCAAAAACGUAUAGUAGUUUAUCAAGGCCUGAAUAGAAAUAGAGUACUAUCAUCAGAAAAAAAAGAGACCACUUCCAAAACAGAACUCAGGUUUAACUGCCAUGUCAAGGCAUCAGUGUUAAGUUAUUCAUGUCUCAUUUUCUUUUUCUUAUGCAGUCACUUUAGAGUUAUACAAUCGCUGAAGAAAAAUGUGAAGGAGUUUCUGAUCUGUGAUGAGAUGUAACACUGUUGUGCAAGUUCUGCUGUGCAUCAAUCCAAAAAAAAAAAGAAUACAUGUGGAUUAUGUGUAGCUUUGCAGUUUCUCAACAGUGUUAUGUCUCCAGCAUCUAACCAAUGCUGUAUUGAGUGACCUUAUACUGUCACCAGUUUGAGCAGGAGAGCCUUUUCAGAAAUCUGAUUGUUGGAUUUAAGAGCUGCUCAUGCCUGAAUCAAAACACAAGACUGGUGUUUAAUGUUGCCUUUUGCUACCGUGAGGCUUUGGAUUGUCUCAUGAAUUAGACGACUGUGCUUCAUCAGUUUAAAAAAAAAAAAAAAAACAGAAAAGGAACUUGAUUAUUUGUAUAUAUGCAAGUAUCUCAUUUUGUUCCAUGUGGAUGGCAGAAACUACUGAAUCUGAUGUGUUUGUAAGUCACUUUUUACACUCAGUAAGGAACAAACAAGAGUCAGGAGGCCAAAAAUAGGCUGUUGAUUGUAUCUUUAUAUAGCUGACAUUUCAAUUCUCAUUGUCUUCCCAUUUUCUGGGAGAGUGUUGCUGUGCUGACUGUCACAAAAAAAACUGCUAGCAUGCAGCUUGCUGCAGAAGUAGGCCCUUAUUUACAUUGAAUUCAUUAGAAGAGAAACAAUCAGGUUUUACUUUUUUGCCUUUUUGAUAAUUCUCAGCUACAUUUCUUCAUUACUGUGUCUUAAAGGUGUUCAUCAGCACAAUCCCCUGUGAUAGUAAUCUAUUCUCUAUUGAACAUACGUAGACUUAAAAAAGGCUGGUUGGUGACAUUCCUAAACUUGACAGAAAUUUGUAAAUAACCCGCAAUCAAAUGCCAUGAAGAAAUUCUAUACUGCUCAUGUGAGACAUUUGUCAAAUACAUAUAUAUCAAUAUAUCUAUACAUAGAUAUAUAAAGAGAGAUACAAGUGUUUUUUCAUCUGUUCUUACACCAGAAGGAAUUUGGACUUUCUAUCUGGGUGGACCGUAAGUGUCUUUGAGUUUCUGGUGAUUAUAACGUGACUGACAAACUAAGUAGACUUUAUUAGAUACAAGAGAAUUGCCUCAAAACAUCCAAACCACCACGCUCCUCAGCCCCAUUCAGUUCAAUUGAUUUAUAACAGAAAUGCAUUGUAAGAUUUUACCAUUGUAUCCUUUUAUUAUUAUUAUUAUUAUUAUUAUUAUUAUUAUUAUUAUUACUCCGGAACAUGUAAUAAGUCACAAAUAACAGUUUGUGAUGUAUAAAUGAUCAAGUAUAAUAAACUCUAUAUUUACCCAUCUUACUCACGUACACAACUUUUCUUCUUAUCUUCGUGUGAGUCUCUCUUGUUAAUGUUCACUGUUAUUUAAAUCCUUGACACUACAGUUAUGGACUUGUAGGUACACUUACAUAUCCUCGCUAUAAAUACUGGAAAUUCAGAGUACAGUUUUUGUUUUGUUUUUUAAUGUGAAACUUUCAAGUAUAAUGCCAAUCAAGUAAAGUGGUGUUCAUAACACUGUAGCUUUAUUACUCUGUUGUCUGUGUAUUAGAUGACUGUUGAUGUGAAGCACAAACCCUUGGAGAUCAGCCAUCACUUGAAAGCCAAUGACCGGACGUCUAUGGUUGUGACUACCUUUUAUGGCUCUAGUUUAAACUACACACUGUUACACGGUGGUGUGUUCACUGCUCCAGCAUUAAUAGGAUUAGGAGCGUACUCCAAGAGGAGCCAGAGACCACCUCACGAAGAGACUUUAUCCAAAUGGAAAUUUUACUUUUCAGGAAACAGGAAAAAAAAAGUGGCGUUGUGUCAUGAGCAAUAAAUGCACUGAAUCAGAUAAAGUGUUAUCAAAUUGACAUUUAAAAAAAAAAGAAAAGAAAAGAUUUGGGAUUCCCAUUUUCAAUUCAUGACGUACUCAACAGCUGGAAUGGAUGUAAACUGAACAGCUGCAACACAGAUGUAUGAUAUGACAAUUGUAUAUUAACCAUCAUUAACCAAAUAAAGAGACAGAAAUGCCAAUUCAUGUUACACAAUGAUGCUAUUCUGAUGAUGCUGCAUUGCCAUGAUGAUUUCGAGUGUGUGUGUGUGUGUGUGUGUGUGUGUGUGUGUGUGUCCUGUUGUCGGGUUUAAAAAGCAUAAAAACGACCCAGCAUUUACUGCAAACUGUGGACGAAGGAUUUGUGAAAAAUGUCCCGGGUCUUUACCUCUCUCCCCCCACACCCCCUGCCUUACUACCAGUCACAGAACAGCAGAGUGUAUCUGAACUGGCAGCAACUCUUACUGAACUGUUUGUGCUCAUUUAGUAGUCCUGAUAUUUACCGCAUAGUUAUGGCCAAAUAGAAGACCGUAUUCUCUAUAUUUCUGUCACCCAACACCUAGAUUUGAACUAUUUUAUUCCUGCAAUUAAUCAUUUAUGUCGCAUCGCCCAUUUUCUUCCUUGCAUGACCAUUAUGUAUUCCUAUUAUCUCUGGUCUCUUAAUGUAAUCUUAGCCAUGCUAUUCACUUUGUAUGGUCCAAAAUGUAUUUUUGGAGCCAGAUGAAUUAAAACAAUGUUCUCCAUCCUCCUUAAACCAGGCUUGGGAUUGUGCAAUACCCCCCCACAAAAAAAAAAAAAAAAGAUAUCCUGCAGGAUGUUAAAAACUGCUCUAGCCUAUCUUUCCAUCAACCUUCAUGGAAUAACUAAACAUAAUGUGGCUUGAAGUGAAACUAAAAUGUGCCUUCAAGGCUGGUUUUUAUAGGUGACAUCGAGAUUUUCAUGCGCACAAACAUCUGGGGAACUGAACUUGCUUCAUCUGGCUCUACGUGCUUUAUGUGCAUUUUAUUGUAGAUAUGUGAUUUUAACUCUGAACUGUACAUUAAAUAGUUAAUACACACUUAACUGUGUAACGUAGUCAGUCUGAAGUCAAACUGUCACUUUAC